AUGGCCGAAUUACCAGGACCCAGUCUUUUGCGGACAAGUAGGCAUGCGUUAUUCAAGCGACGUUUUCGUGUAUCGCACAUGGACUUUGAGCAUGCCAUUUGGGAAUUGGGAACGCUGCUCGUAAUGCCACGUCAGGUGUCGGUGCUAGCGUAA